AUGAGAUACGAGGUUGGUACCAUUCUUCUACGACGAUUGUCAAGACUAGAGGUAGAUAAAGCCUUGUUUGUCGUGGCGAACUUGUUGAAUGUCGGAGUUGGAGGCUCCAUUCCUUCGACUGUUGCUACUUCGCUGGCGGAGCUGAACUUUCGCGCAGCGAAAAGAGCCAUGCGACUAUCAGGCUUCGACAUUGCAUCUAAUUAUGCAGGUGUCGGGAUUAGUCUGCUUCCACAAGACUGCUGGCAGUCGCAUCGUGAUUUUACCCUCAAGCUCUACACCCUGGCCACCAAUGUGUACGGGGUACUGGGAAAUGCUGAAACAAUGCAAGUCAUGUAUGAUGAAAAUCUUGAUCCAAAUCGAGCGUCGACGCUUGCUAUGAUGACCAACAAAACGGCUCUCGAUGCCAUGAAAAUCUUGUCGACGCUAUUGGUGUUAGUAUAUGUAAGCAACAAAAUCGAGCUUCCCGUGGUUACUUCGAAGAUGGUGGCCCUUGUCAACGAAUUUGGCGUGUGCGAUGAGGCUGCCAAUGCAUAUGCUUAUCGCGGAGGCAUGGCAACUAAUUUAAAGGUGAUCGAUGCCCAUGCAAAGUGCACUCAAAUCAUAAUGGAGCGUUCAAAGGAUCGUUACUCGAAGGCUGCAUCGAAGUUGUACAUAGACUGCCUCCAAAGUUACACUCACGACAUUCGAUCGGUCCAAGAUAGCUUAUAUGAAAACUAUCAUUAUAGUUCGCAAGUUGGAGAUAUCCAAAUGUCCCUGUACUCAUACAUGGUGUUCCUCAAAUUCGAAGUUGUCAAUGGACGAUCUCUCAGAGCAGCUUCGGAAGAAACAAGAGAAAACAUUCGAAACAUCAAACGGAUGAAUCGGGGAUGGCAAGUCCAUCUCAUGUCUAUCAUGUUCCAAGCCAUAUUGAACAUGCUGGGACAGUCUGAAGAUCCUCUGGUUUUGAAAGGAGAAGCAAUGGACGAGACCGUGUUGGAUGAUCCAGCAGCAUGUGACAAUUUGGGCGAUGCUUUGAGACAUGGGUUCAAAGGAAUCAUAUUUGCAUUCUGCGGGAACCACCAAGCAAACGCAGAGGAAACCCUGGAGAAGAUUCCCUUUAUCGUUGAGGCAACUUCAGGAAAUGCUAUUCGUCUUUGGUUCGAGAUUUAUGUUGCCAUUUCUUGUUUGCAUUGUGCUCGUUCUUCCGACAAGCGAUCUUCCAAGUAUCGCAGGUAUGGAAAGCAGACGAGCAAAAAGACAAAGAUAUGGAUUGCCCAAGGAUGCCCGAACUUGAAGCAACUGGAUCUACUUCUGGAUGCUGAGCUUGCUGUAUUGGACAAAAACCCAAUGAAAGCUCGUCGGUUCUAUCGAGCUUCUAUCGAGGCCGGCAAAAAGGGUUACCGAGUAAACGACGCUGGAAUGGCAUCGGAAAGGCUCGGAGAAUACUUACUGAGCAUUAAUGAUCGUGAUGGCGCAAAGGAAGCUUUGGUCGAAGCGAUGGAGCUCUAUUCGAUGUGGGAAUCGGACCACAAGGUGGAGUCAAUUCGUUCGAAGCAUGAGGAGCUGAUCCGACCUGUGAGUGUGAUUCGACAGGACUGA